AUGCCUAAAUUCUCAACCCCCGUCUUGACCGUUGACCCGGCCAAGAUGCAAAAGGUCGACACGGCAAACACACAGAGCCUGCACGGGAUGUGGCUAGUUUUUUCAAAAUGCGCAGAUUAUAUGGAGGAAGGCCGCCGCUUAGAGAACCUCACCUGGCGCCUGUGGACGCGUGAGACGUUUUGCGUCGAACCCGCCAGCUCCAAUGAUACCUCGGCCAUCCCGCUUCUACGCGCCGAAUCUACCGAAGUUCCCUCCUUGUCCGCCAGCGUUGACUCAGUGGCCUCGGUCGACGCAGAUCGCAUAGAAUCGCAUAUUAAACCGCGUCCGGUCGACCUGAAACCAACCGUCGUCGGCGAAGACGUGUUGAUGUCCGGAAGGGAAAAGCACAUUACUUCUUCCGACCUCGAACGCAUGGUUCUCAGCAUUAAGGAAAGAAAAGCCCUGGAGCCGCUGCCCACCCAUGCUCCUACGCCUAUCAGCCCCCAGGUCCUCGACGUCACUCCUCGCGCUUCGUCGCCGCCCAGUACUACCCCAGAACCAACCAGCACGUAUCUGCACCAUCAGGCCAUCCAUUCCGCCGAAUCCUGCUCAACCACCGCUCCUGAAGGCAACGAAAGCGAUCAGGCGCCCUCGAACGAAUCCGACACCAGUGUCUCCUCAUCCGGUGUUUUGCCCGCCAAGCCGCCUCUGACAAAGACUCCUAGUAUCGUCCGAGGCUUUUCGCCAUCUCAGAUUUCCUCGUCUUACCGGUCGACGAGUCGUCUUGCAGCGGAGCAAGACCAAGUCUCCAAGACGCAACUGCAACAAAAGACCACACCGACCAAGCGCAAAGGCGGCAUGUUCACUCUCGGAGGAUCGUCUGGCGACGACGAGAGCUCGUUUGAAGAGCGCAUGACCCCCAACGCCCACCGCAGCUCUCUCUCAGAGGAGCUCAGCCGACCGGGCGUUCGUGCUGCUACUGCCAACGCUACUGCCGCUGCCAACGCUUCCGUCAACGCUUCAGCACACACUUCCGCAAACACUUCCGCAAAUACCUCCAACACUUCCGUCAACGCUGCAAAGAAAAAUGCAUCCUUCAGAGACAUUGUCGAAUCGAGAACAAUUAAGCCUAUUACGGAAGGAAUCUACGAAGAUGAAGAUGCUAUUGCUACAGACGAAGAGGACGAGCCUUCCGAAAGCGCGAUCGAAGACGAGGACGAUGAAGACUGGGAAGACUCGAUCAGCGAGAGCGGGCAGUCGAGUGUGGACGAAAGGGAACUAUUCCAACGAGUCGACUCGCGACCGAAUCUCGUGUCGAGACCGUCUCUUCUCACAAUGAUGAUGCACCAGCCAGCCAAGAUGGGCAUGCCCACACGGUCGACACCUGCUCUCCAACGCUCUCGAAUUACUCCACCUAACGGCCCAUCUUCGGGUGCUUCUCCUGAUGACGGGGACAAUUUGACGAUGCGCGGGCCUGAUGUACCUCGGUCCAAGCCAAUCAUCGUCAAGCCAACAACCCAGCCGUCGGGUGCACACUCGCCUCGCACGACACGCCGAAACAUGCUGGCGACCGAGCUCACCGAAUCUCUCCGUCGACAUCUCCUGUGGGAGCGGCAACAAAAGAGCACUACGGUGAAUGCCUUUUUCAAGCGCCGCCACACUACACACGACAUGGCCAACCUGAAAGAGUAUCCACAACCCAACGGAAGUAGCGGAGGCAAGGGCGAUGGCUCCAAGAACAGUUCGUGGAACAACUAUAAUGACUACGGACCCUGGGAAUACCACGUCAAGGGAUGGUGA